AUGGCCUCUUACAUCCACAAGCACGAAAUCAAGUCGGAUCUCGCUUUUGACACUGCUCGCUGGGUCUUCCUCGACACUCUUGGCUGCGGUCUCGAGGGCCUCAAGUUCGCUGAGUGCACCAAGCUGCUCGGCCCAAUUGUUCCAGGCACCACGGUCCCCAAUGGCACCCGUGUCCCUGGAACUCCCUACCAGCUCGACCCGGUGAACGGUGCCUUCAACAUCGGCGCCAUGAUCCGCUGGCUCGACUACAACGACUGCUGGCUCGCUGCUGAGUGGGGUCACCCGUCUGACAACCUCGGUGGUAUCCUCGCCGUCGCUGACUGGAUCUCGCGAACCAACCGUGCUGGUGGUUCUCUCGCCAACGGUAAGGUGCUCAAGAUCCGCGAUGUCCUCGAGGCCAUGAUCAAGGCCCAUGAGAUCCAGGGUGUUCUUGCUCUCGAGAACUCCUACAACAAGGUCGGCCUCGACCAUGUUGUUCUCGUCAAGGUCGCUACCACCGCCGUCGUCAGCAAGCUCAUGGGCUUGACCGAGCGCCAGACCGCCGACGCCAUUACCCAGGCCUGGGUUGACGGCCAGUCUCUCCGCACCUACCGUCACUCUCCAAACACCAUGUCCCGCAAGUCCUGGGCUGCCGGUGACGCUUGCCAGCGUGCCGUCAACCUGGUUCUCAAGGUCCAGAAGGGCGAGCCCGGUGUCCCAACCGUCCUCUCUGCUCCAGUCUGGGGUUUCUACGACGUCCUCUUCAAGGGCAACAAGUUCGCCUUCCAGCGCGAAUAUGACAGCUACGUCAUGGAGAAUGUCCUUUUCAAGGUCUCCUACCCUGCUGAGUUCCACUCCCAGACCGCCAUUGAAGCCGCUACCAAGGUCAAUGCCACCCUGAAGUCCAUGGGCAAGUCUGCCGAGGACAUCAAGGAGGUCACCAUCCGCACCCAUGAAGCCUGUGUCCGCAUCAUCGACAAGCAGUUCAAGCCCAUGGACAACUUUGCCGACCGUGACCACUGCAUCCAGUACAUGGUUGCCACCAUGCUUACCUUCAACCGCCUGGUCGCCAGCGACUACACUGACGGUUCUGAGGCUGCCACCUCCCCCUUGGUCGAGUCCCUCCGCACUCGCAUCCGCUGUGUUGAGGACCCACAGAUGACCAAGGACUACCACGACCCUGCCCUCCGCACCAUCCCCAACGCUCUCACCGUCACCCUCAACGAUGGCACUGUCCUCGACGAAGUUGUCGUCGAUGCUCCUCUGGGACACAGACUCAGACGCGAGGAGGCCAAGCCUGAGAUCCUCGCUAAGUACAAGCGUCACCUCGAGGGCCACUUCGACGCCCAGCGCGUCAAGCAGCUCAUCGACCUCGGACUCGAGCAGAAGACUCUCGAGGAGAUGGAUGUCGACAAGUAUGUUGACUUGUAUGUUAAGGAGUAA